ACUUACUACUAUGAUCGAUCUCAUUACCAUUUCUUCGUUUUCUCCCCCUAAAUAGUCCUGAGUUCUGAUCAAAUCUCAUAUCAUUUUUUUUUUCUUUUUCUAUGGUGAAAAUGGGAGUGGACUUGAGAACGGUUGUGAUUUCAAUCUUUGUGUCGUUGUUGUUGUUUGUCUCCGCCUCUUCUGAGAGCAAUGAUGAUGGCACAUUCAGAGUUGGCUUGAAAAAACUUGCAACACGCUUUGGUUCCAGUCAAGAAGAGGCCUUAAGAUCUUCUUUCCGUUCGUACAACAUCAAUCUUGGUGGUGAUUCUGGAGAUGCUGACAUUGUAGCGCUCAAGAAUUACUUGGAUGCUCAGUACUAUGGUGAGAUUGCUAUCGGUACUCCACCGCAGAAGUUCACUGUCAUUUUUGAUACCGGAAGCUCUAACCUUUGGGUGCCAUCAGGGAAGUGUUUUCUCUCGAUUUCUUGUUUCUUUCAUGCAAAGUACAAGUCCUCGCGUUCAAGCACAUAUAAGAAAGAUGGGAAAAGGGCCGCAAUCCAUUACGGGUCAGGAUCGAUCUCUGGUUUCUUUAGUUAUGAUGCUGUCACAGUUGGUGAUUUGGUUGUCAAAGAUCAGGAGUUUAUUGAGGCAACCAGUGAGCCAGGUAUAACAUUCGUGGUGGCGAAAUUUGAUGGUCUACUUGGUCUUGGAUUCCAAGAGAUUUCUGUUGGAAACGCCACAUCUGUUUGGUUUGGAGGUGUUGAUCCAAACCAUUUCAGAGGAGAACAUACAUAUGUUCCUGUGACACAAAGGGGUUACUGGCAGUUUGACAUGGGUGAGGUUCUCAUUGAUGGUGAAUCUACCGGCUACUGUGGAAGUGGUUGUUCCGCGAUUGCAGAUUCUGGAACAUCCUUACUUGCGGGGCCAACGGCUGUGAUUGCCAUGAUAAACAAAGCUAUUGGAGCAUCUGGAGUUGUUAGCCAGCAAUGCAAGACUGUUGUUGACCAAUAUGGACAAAUCAUUUUGGAUUUACUUUUGGCUGAGACUCAACCAAAGAAGAUCUGCUCACAAAUUGGUCUUUGCGAUUUCGAUGGCACCGAAGGGGUCAGUAUGGGGAUUGAGUCGGUGGUGGACAAGGAAAACAUGAAAUCAUCUAGUAGUCUUCGAGAUGCGGGUUGUCUUCCAUGUGAAAUGGCGGUUGUGUGGAUACAGAGCCAGUUGAGGCAGAACAUGACUCAAGAGCGGAUAGUAAACUAUGUUAAUGAGAUAUGCGAGCGCAUGCCUAAUCCAAAUGGAGAGUCUGCAGUGGACUGCUCAAAACUCUCAACAAUGCCGACUGUUUCAUUCACCAUUGGAGGCAAAGUCUUUGACCUUGCUCCAGAAGAGUACAUACUAAAGAUUGGAGAAGGACCAGUGGCACAAUGCAUCAGCGGGUUUACCGCAUUUGACAUCCCGCCACCUCGUGGACCUCUCUGGAUACUGGGAGAUGUGUUCAUGGGCAAAUACCACACGGUCUUUGACUUUGGGAACGAGCGGGUUGGGUUCGCAGAAGCUGUAUAAAAAAUGUAACAUCGGUUGAGUCUUUUGUUGAUGUGUUUUUUUCUUUUGGUGUGAGAGCUUUGUUGUUAUAUGGAAAGGUUGUGAACAAUAAUGUUGAAGCUUUGGGGAUGUUUUCUUUCUAACUCUUGAUCAAUAAAAAACCUCUUUUAAAUAAUUU